AUGUGGUCGAAUAACUGGAAGAGGAACGAAAAGGUUGACGAACCCUUCACGUGUUGGAUAUGCUUGGAAACGGAGGAUGAUCCUGACAGAAAGGCGCAACUGUGGUUCAAACAUCGGUGUGGCUGUCACUUGCAGCUUCACAAACUGUGUUAUUUAAAAAUGGUUUAUCACAGCAUGGACGAUAACUCAAGCUUUAUUAUUCCGUAUGAGCUAAAAUUCAUUGACAUAAGAAGGGAGAGACUGACUGGUUUCAUCGAACAAAACUCGAUAAUAGGAAGGAAUUUUUUCCCCAUACCGUUUUCCAGAUUCAGAUUAAACCUUUGGGAUGUUUUGCCCUCCCCGAUCCGAUUUUUGUUAAUACCUUAUUUGAACAUCCUGAACAUACCUAUACUUUUUGCCCACACUUUUACACUGUCAGAGGACUCAGUGAAUGCGCGCGGUAGCGACGUCAACGUGCAGACGAUCAAAGAUCUAAUCAGGUUUUCUGCUCCAGCUCCCCCCUCCUGCCCACAGUGCCAUAAGGACAUUAUACCCUCAAACCAGCUCAAUUUCAUUCCUAAAUCAUACGUGUUUUCAAUCAGUGAGAUUGCCACUAACGUACUCGAUGUCGUCAACCCACUUGCCAUCACAAUGGCAUCGCUCCUCAACCCAGCAAAAAAUUGGUGCCAGAUGUCAAUCUGGCAAUUGAGGCAUUUGUUUCCUGAGGAUCAACUAAGGAUUCUGCUCAAUAUGAGCACCACAAAGGCGCUUGAUGUGUACGUUCUGUCUAAAAGUGGCUGGUCCAGUGUCCCGACGUACACUAAAAUUUUAAUAAUGGGGUUCCCUGUAUAUCUAUUCAGUCUUUUGACUGACGGGAUAAAGGGCACUUCUUUGGUACUGUGGGUGAUAAACGAGGCCCAAUGGUGUUGGCCUCUUAUGGCUUCUUGGAGAUUGAAGGCUAUGAAUGAGACUUUGGGGUUCGACGUGAACUACAUGUCAAAAUGCUUGAUGUAUUCCAGGAUAAGUUUCUGGUUAUUGAAAAGGGUAUGGCGUUUGGUUGUUGGUAAGGGGAACGCAAAGACAAAGGAGGAACCGCCUUCAAGUGUAUCUUUAUCUACACUUUUUGCCAAGGCAUUGGUGUGGCCAUUUAUAGGAUCGAAAGUGGGACAGGCACUGGACUACAUAAUAACAAUUUUGAGGAGACGCUUUCAAUGGAACCAAAUUGUUGAUGAGGCAUCACCCAACCAAUUGCGCAUGAUUUAUAACUUUAUUGGUUGUGGACUAACCGCCGUGGUGAACUAUGUGCUUGAACGCUACGUAGACAGAGAACGCUGCAGAAGAGCGCGUUACAUCGACGCACUGUUGAAGUCCACUAUCGAAGAAGACGAAGGUGGUGCACUUGACUGA